GCCUGGGAGGCGGCGGUGGACGGGGAGGGCUGGUAUCGGACGGGCGAUAUCGGUCACUACGACGAGAAGGAACGGCUGUUUAUAACGGAUCGCCUCAAAGAAGUCGUGCGAAUAGGUGUCGACAAUCACUACAUAAACAUCAGUCCCGUGGAGAUCGAGCAGUACGUACUGACCCACCCGGCCGUCGCUGAGGUUACAGUGGUUGGGGUCAACAACAGGGCCGGCACUCAUAGACCCCGGGCUUAUGUUAUAGUCAAAGAGGGGAAUACAGUGAGUGCCGAAGAGUUGCAGAAAUUUGUGUCCGACACUCUGGCGUAUACUAAGCGACUGACCGGUGGUGUCGUAUUCGUAGAUAAUAUCCAAAGGACUAGUAUCGGGAAAGUCGACCGAAAAUACUAUAGAAAUCUUGUCAAGGACGAAAUAUUGGAUUAA